AUGAAUAUUAUUACUAACUCCAGCAAACUAAUGGCUUCUGCGGUUUCGGAGAAAGUGAAGGAAAAAAGGAACAGGAUUCUAUUGGGUCCCCUUCCUGAAGAUUUCCUGAGAGUAAACACAUCUGCCCAAGAACAGCAAGAAGCAGUGGAUAGACAAACAGCUUUGGCUCUACAGCAACACUACUCUGGAAGUCCUUUCUCAUAUGUUGCAAAUCCCUCUGGAAGAUUGAGUAUAACAGUUGCUCAGGCAAAACUUGCCAAAAACUAUGGGAUGACAAGAAUGGACCCCUAUUGUAGGAUCAGAGUUGCUCAUUGCAUCUAUGAAACACCUACUGAUCCUAAUGGUGGGAAGACUCCCAGAUGGAAUAGAGUGGUUUAUUGUCUCUUACCCCAAGGCAUCAAUACAAUAACCAUAGAAAUAUUCGAUGAACGUUCCUUCACCAUGGAUGAACUGGUAGCAUGGACCCAAAUUGUCAUUCCACAGCAAGUUUUGGCAGGUGAGACACAUGAGGAAUGGUACCCCUUGAACGGGAAACAAGGAGAGGGUGUGGAGGGAAUGAUCAAUAUUGUUUUGAGUUACACAGCUUCUCCGCCAUAUGUUUAUGGUCCCACACAGCCCAUAAUGGUUGUUCCAAGAGCUGGUGCUGGACCUGUUAAACCCUUGAAAGUAUAUUCCACACCACCUCCUUCAAGUUCACCACAGCCUCUAAUAUUGAAUGAAGAAGAGUUAAAACAGAUUGAAGAAAUGUUCCCAAACAUUGAAAAAGAAGUGGUUAAAACUGUUUUCGAAGCGAACCGCGGAAAUAAGGAAAGUACCAUAAAUUAUCUUCUUCAAAUGGCUGAAUAA